UUUGUUUACAGUCUGAAAUUGUGAAAUUUUAUUUAAAUUAUGGACUUAAAUCAGCUGGCAUACAGCUUGGAUUUGUUCAACUUUACGUCCGAGCAAAUUUCCGCUGAACGCGAAAUGCUGGUGCAAACACUUAUUGGUCGUGCCGUGGACUCAACAAUAAAGAAAAUUGAAACGCCAGCUACGUCUGCGCUGUUGAUGCAACAAAGGGACGAAGUGAUGCGCCUAAUGCUGAAGUGUUGCAAACCUAAACUCCAUGCUCUGCGGAAACUGGACAAGCGCACCUUUACUGUGCCGCCGCAUGUGCUGCAAAUAAAAGAUUUUGAUGUGGAGAAGAAAAUAAGCAGCGCUCAGGAACAGGACAAAUCGACAGAGCUGCAGCAAUUAAAAGAGCGCUUCAGUCAGAACAUGGCUAUGCUGGAAGAGCUAGAGGCCGAACAGAAAAAGUUCACAUCAUUGGAACAACACAUACAGCAUGAGCUGCAAAUGCAUAAACAAAUUCACAAAAUAUGCGGCAAUACAGAAUUGCAAAAUGUUUACAAAUUUGCUACAGAUCUGACAAAAGAUGAGAAGCUGCUUUGACUUUGGCUACAUUUAAUACGUAUUUCAACAGCCGCUGUGGCAACGUCUUUAGUCGCCACACGCCGAGCAGCAAUAGAAACUUUCAAACAAACACGCAGCAGAAGCUGAGGCGUAUCUAUUUUUAAAAUUCUGCGGGACAUUUUUAUUUGUUUU